AUGGUGCGUCUCGUCCGUCACCCAAACUCCAUACACUAUGGUGAUCCACGUUUAUUCCAGGUAACACUACAAUCAGCUAAUGAAGCAGAGGAAGUUCUCUUGUCAGCUACUCGCCUCCGUACCACAUCAUGCACAGUUCGAAUCUUUCCAGAUGUUCCUUGGAGCGAACGCCAAAAACGCAAACAAAAUCCGGACGACUUCCGUAAACGACAAGACGCCAAAUCUGUUCUUGUUCACGGUGUCCCCGAGCUCAAGAUCUCAAGCGAUCUAGAGGCCAAAGCGCAUGACUGGGAUGAAUGGCGUUUUAUUCGCGAACUGCUCUCACUCGAAAACGUUAUUGCUACUUCGACAUCAAGGUUACCACUCUCACCUAACUACAAAGGAUGUGGUCUCCGAGUGAUGAAAAUACCGUUGCAUUCCGAAAUGAUGGUAGAAUAUGUGAUCAAUACGUGGCGCAAAAUGCGUCAAAUGCUACCAUCCGAAAUACGUAUAAAGACGAUGGGCACUGAACCACCAACAGGCCAUGUCACACUAAGCAAGCAACGUACCAAUACAAUUCUGCCGCCAUGUAGCUCAGACCAGAGACAAUGCCAAAACACGCUGCCGGCUGAAGGGGGACAAGUUGGUCACCCACCUGUUGGCGCUGAGAGCUCAAUACAACGACCUGAACUGGCCGUAGGGUCUGCAGCAUCGGUCCUACAAAAAUACUACCGGCAGCCGACCCCACAAGGGUCGGCGUAA